AUGUCCAAAAUAUCCCAUUUUAUAAAAAAAUAUAAUAGUAAGGAAAAUGAAAAAAUAACAGAAAGAGAAUUAAAUGAUAAUUUAGAAAUAGAUAUAUACAGCUUAAUAAAUGAAGAUAGUUGCUAUUCAUCUGAUAAUAGUUAUGAUAGUUAUGUUGAAAAAAGUUUAAAUAAUCCCAUUUCAUUAAAUAUAAAUAAUUUAACAAUUAAUGAAAAAAAAAUAAAUAAAAAAGAUGAAAGUUGUAUAAAUUUUUCAAAUAAAAUAAAUGAACAUUCUAAUAAUAAUUUAAGUGAAAUAUGUGAAAAUAAUAAUGAUUCUACGAGUGAAAAAAAUGAAAAUUAUGACUCUCCAAAUGAAAAGAAUAAGCUGUUAAAUGAUUUUCUUCAUGAAAUAAAUGAAUAUGAUGAUGAUCCUCCAAAUAAAAUAAAUGAGCAACUUAUUGAUAAUUCAAGUAAAACGAAUAUUAGUAAUAUAAUAUUAUCAAAAAAAUCUCAUAUAUUUCAUAGUAUUAAAAUAUUAGUUCCCAAAUUUAAUGAAGCAAAUAUGCUGAACAGUUCAGACAAAAUAUUAUGUUUAGAUUUAAAUGAUGAUUCCCAAUAUAAAUAUAUUAAAAGAGAGAAUGAAAAGAUUGAUACAGAUAAUGAGAACAAAUGUAUGAAAAAGACCAUUAAUAGUUCUAUUGAGGGAGUUGAAAAUAAUGAAAUAACAAAUGAAUUAUUAUAUAUUAAUAAUGAAAAUGUAAAUAAUAUAAAGUCCUUUGAAAAAAUUGAGAAAGAUAUUACGAAAGAAAAUAUUUUAAAUAAUAUAUAUAAAAAUUUUAUAAUAUAUGAAAAUAAAAUAAAAAAAAUUGAGAAAAAAAAAAAAAAAAAAAAAAUCUUAAAUGACAAAAAUCAAAUAUUAUUUGUUCAAAACAAAUUACACAGAGAUAUUAGAAUUCAAAAGUAUAUCUUUAUCUCAGAACUAUAUAAUGAUAUAUUAGAAAGCAUUAAUUAUUUUAAUGAAUUAAAAGUUAGAAAAGCUUAUUAUUGUUUAAGAGAGGCUUUUACAAAGUAUUUUUGUAAUAAGAAGCUAAAGAGUUUUAUUGAAAAUGUAUUUAUCAGUGAAAUAUUAUAUAGAUACAAAAUUAUCAAAAAAAUAGAAAUAAUAUUUAAUCUAGAUGCAAAAAAUACAUGUGAAGAUUUUAUUAAUUAUUCAGUAAUUUCAAAGAGGGUGUGCAGGAAUUUUGUGUUCGAUUUUUUAAUUGAUUUAAAAGAUGUAAAUGGGAAAGUAUGCUUCAUGAAAUAUAUAAAUUGUUUAAGUAAACAUAACAGUAAUAUAAAGAAUAUUAAAUCGAGUUCUACUGAAAUUAAGGAUGAUUCAUUAUUAAAAAAUGCUUAUUCCAAUAAAAGUUUUGAAAAUUUCACAACAAUAAGUAGUGAAACAUUCAGUGAAAAUGAAAAUAAGAAAAAAGAAAAAGAAAAAAAAAAGAAAAAUAUUUUAAAAAAAAAAAAAAAAAGAAUAAAUAUUCCUAAUAAAUCUAUAUGUAACAAAUAUAUUGAUUUUACACAUUUCAAUGUAGCAUUUGAUGAAAACGAUAAUGAGGUUUACUAUUUUAUAGCAAAAAAAGAAUUUAGUAAUUUAAAAAAAAUUGCUUCAAUUAGUAAUAUUAAGAAAAAACUCUGUAAUGAAAAUGGAAAUGAACGAAGAAAUAAAGAAGAAAAUAAAAUGAAUCAAUAUAAAUUUUUAUUUAAAAGUGAAGAAAGAUGUGCUAAAAAUGAAAAUUUAGAGAAUAACGUAUUAUAUCAAAAUGAAGAAAAAAGUGACAUAAAUACAAUUAUUUAUUUUUAUAUUAAUUUAUUAAUCCCUUCAAAUUUUAUAUAUGUUAUUGCUUCAAUGACUGAAGUUACUUUAUUUAAAUCAUGGAUGCCGUUUUAUUCUUUUCCUUUUAAGUUUGGAAUUAGUGAAUGUGAAACAUUAAAAGAAAGGGGAUUAAUAGACAAAAUGGUUUACACAAAAAUAGCUAUGCCAUGGAUUAUAAAAGAUAGGUACUUAUUAAUGGAUGUAUGGUUAUGUGAAGAUUUUCAGUUUUCAAAAGGAAUAUUUUUAUAUGCUUCCAACUUCCCUAAAAAUUCUGAGAUUUCUAAAAAUUUUGUUAUUAAUAGAGAUAAUUGUAUGGAAAUAGAAAUGACUAUUCAUGCAUUUAUCUCCCCUAAAACAACUGAAGAAACAAAUGUAAAAUGCUAUGUUGAAAUAUCUCCUAAUGCGAAUCUUAAUCAAACCUUCGUUUCUUUUUUAACAAAUUGUAUUUCUCAUUUUAUUAAAGCAUGUAAGGAAUUCGAAAUUAAUGAAGAAUAUAAUAAUCAGAUGAAGAAAAAUAACUUUUUUUAUGACAAAUUAAGAAGGGCAGCAUAUGAAUAUAAAAUAUAUGAAUAA